AUGUACCACGGUUCAGAAGAAGAACUGCGGGCUGCAGAAAUGGCAGGACGGGUGUAUGAUAAUCUUUGCACAAGUACACCCAUAGAGUUACACGGUAUUCGUCAAGUACACACAGGCCACGUGGGCGGCGCCUCAUUAGAUGGAGAUAAUGAAACUAUCUAUAGUAGUCACAAUACAUCCACACACCAACAACAACAAACACAACAACAAUCUCAACAACAACAACAACGAUCAUCAUCAUCAACAACAUCACGCCGUCGUGUUGGUGGAGUUCACUCUUCUAGUGUAAAUUCCGUAGUGGAGAUUGCACGACGGGAGUCGGUAUUACGACAAAUAUAUAAUGAUAAACUCCGUGGAAGUAUAAAUGCCAUCUUUACAGCAUUACUGCAGGAGUUACCGCGUGAUCAUAUCUUUCUUCAACUUUUACAUGAUUCCUCUACUGAGCAAUACUGCAGAGUGCGGGUUGGAGAAGUUGUGGAGAGUUUUCUCUUCUCUGUUCAGGCCCAUCAAUACCACAACCUCGCGGCGGAACUCGCCAAGCGGGAGGUGGAACUCCUCACACUCUCCACAGAACUGGAAACGCUUGAACAACAAUUACACGCCUCUCCACCUAUCAAAUCCAGUAGAUCUAUACAAACAGAUAAUCGUGUUAAUAGUGGUAUGAAUACAGGAGAGGACUCUCCUCCCUCUAUGCAUACAGGAACAGGAGGAGGAGGGAGAAAUAGUCAAGAUCCAAUGGAAGAUCCCGCCAUAGCGGCAACAGAAGCUCAUAAUGAACUCCUUUUACUCUUAGAAGAAGUUACCCGCGAGCAUGAACUCGCCAAGUGUCGUGAAUGUUUAUCUGCACCAACUUCAUUACUUGAGAUGGUUCAGGCAGAAGAUAAUUACCGUGAUAAAUAUGAAUAUCUUGCAGAUAUUGUGGCCCAUUUGUUUCGUUCCGUAAAGGGAUUUGUGAUGUAUGCAGAGGGAUCUCUUGAUAGUUUAGACUCUCUGCGCCACGGUCUUAGAGGUGUGUCUGUUGCUAGCACUAACAGUACUAAUAAUAAUAAUAAUAAUAAUAAUAAUAAUAAUAAUAAUAAUAAUAAUAAUAAUAACAGUCCUUAUAAUGAGAAUAAUGAGAAUAGUGAUAACAGUGGGAGACCACCAUUUUCCUCAACCACCACUGAACCGUUAAUCUCUAAUGAUACUAGACGUUCACCUUCUUCUGCAUCUCAACAACAACAACAACAACAACAACAACAACGGUCAUUGGUAUUUGAAGAGGAACGUGCCCGUCUGGAGACACUAACGACGCAGUUAAAGUAUGCUCAACGCCACUGUGGAGAUCUCAUUAUAAAUUUGGGAAAGGAACAAAUGGAAUUACAUCGACGUAAUGAGGAAUAUCAUCAACAGAUUCAACAUUUACAACAAAUAGCGAUGAGUAAAGAUACACGAGAUUUAAAUAAAGCUUUAAAAGCAAAUGAAUCCGCUUUAUUACAAUUACGUGAAGAAUUACAGCAAUCUCUUGCAAAAGAACGUGCGAAGAGUUUAGAAAAAGAGGUUGCCUUACAAGAGAAAUAUGCCCAACAAACCAGUGAACUCGAUCAAACAAAAGGUUCAUUAAAAACUAUGGAAGAACAACUACAUAUAGAGAUAGAGCAACGAAAAACAGCUGAAAGACGUUUACGUGAAUUAGAAGAAAUGAUAGCACAACAACAACAACAAGAUCAUCUCAGUAUCACGGCGGCUGCAGAUAUACGACGUCGACUUGAAUUGGAAAGAGAUACAGCGGAGUCUAAACUCUCUACACUCUUACGUGAACUUGUCGUUCGCCGUGCAGAGAUUAUAAUGGCACGACAGGAGUCUAUUGUAAUGGAUGCGUAUGUGUGUAAAUCUGAUCUUCUCACUACACACGGUUAUGAACGAGCCGCGGCGGAGCAUCACUACACAUUAUUAUUAGCAAAGGAGGCGGUUCGACAUGCACAGAGUCAAACAGUAGCCGCGCAGAGUACCGUACGGGAACGGGAGGAAACCGCCCAACAGUGUUAUGAAGACUUGCGGCAGUUGUUGGAAUGUAUGCGGGAAGAUGAGAUGAUGGCGGAGAUGCGGCUGCGAGAGGAAGAGGCCGACACUGAACUCCAUCGCCAUUAUAAUUAUUAUGAUUAUCAUAAUAAUAACAAUAAAAACAAUAAGAAGAAGAAUAUCACUCAUGCGGAUGAGGAGGAGGAAGAGGAGGAGGAGAAUAAGGAUAAGAAUGAGGAGGAUGUGGAUUACAGUCAUGAGAAUAGAGAGAAGAGUGUUGUUGGAUCUACUGGCAUACAAAAAGAAAAAGAAAAAGAAAAAGAAGAAAAAGAAGAGGAAAAACACAAACAAGAGACAUUACGUUUACGUUAUGGAAUUCCAAAGACACUCACAGGAAUUGCAUUGGGAUUACAAAACGCCUAUGAGGCUAUUCAACGCAGUCAACGUCAUGUUCAAAUGAAUGCAGAGACCGUUAAGGAACAAUUACGACAACAACAAGAAGAAAACACAACAUUACGUCAACAACUCCAACGGCUUACAGAUGAUUAUAAUCAACAACGUGCAAACUUCACACGAUUGUGGGAUGAACAGACGGUGUGGGCUCAACAAGAUACAUUAAAGAGUCUUCUCGCCAGACAAGAGGCCCUCUUAACAGCCGUAAACACCGAGCGAGAGGCCCUGCAGGCCCGUUGGGCAACUUUGAGUGAAGAAUAUCAAACACUCGAGCGGCGCAACUCACAAUUGCAUGAACGGUGUGCGGCGAAGGAGGCGGAGAAUGCACGACUGGUGGGAUUUCUGCGGGCCCAACAAAUGACUCCUCCACCAUCACGGCGUAGUAGUAGUAGUACACUCUCCCAAUCUCAACAACAAUCUCAAUCUCAACAACAACGACAGGAGUUUAUAUUGACAUCCUUAUGGUCUCCGCCUGUAGCCACGGUGGGGCGAGAGUCAUUGGAUGAAAUGCGAAAGGGCAUGAAAAUGAAAAAGACAACAUCCAUAGCCAUAGAUGAACAUCAUGAAGAAGAAGUAGCCGAAGAAGAAGAAGAAGGGUAUGGAAUGGGAAAAGAAAGAGCAGAAGAGGUAAAAGGUUUAGAAAACAAACAAGAAGAGAGAGAAGGCGUAAAAGGUAUAGUAGGAGAAUCACCAGAUAUUCCGCAUCGUAUCUCACGUGCCUCAUCCAGUGCUGCUGGACUCAGUGGUCCUGCACGAACAUCUUGUGAGAGUGCCACCACAGAUGAUGAUUCUCCUGCUCCUGUUAAUACUACUGUUACUAUGAAUACCACUAAUAGUAUGAAUACUACUGGGGUUGAUAAUUAUAGUAGUAACUAUAGUAGUAGAGGGCGAAAUAGAGGAGGGAAUGUGGGGAUUGUAGUACCACUUGGGCAAAUACCACGUGAUGGUGGUGUCUGGCGCACGGCCUUUCGUAAUGGACGAGGAUCAUCAUCACAGCAACAACAACAACAACAAUAA